CAAUGUCAUUUAUGAUUUCCUAGUUCUGCCCUUAAUAAAUUCUUACCCAGUUAGGGCUUUUUUUUCUUAAAUCUUUGUUUUCUGCUUUUACCUUUUUUUCUUUUCUUAAUAUCGAGAUUCUCUUUAUUUGCCUAUAUUAGGUAAAUUAUUAAUUUCAAUUUAUUUUUUCAAUUAGGCUAAAAAUAAUUCAAAAAUAAAAAUGAAAUGUUUUUGAAAUUUAUUUGUAGGAUUUUUUUUUCACCCGAACUUUGAAGAAAUAAGGGACACAUAAGUACAUCUUUUCACUGUCAGAAAUAGGUUUUUACUAGACUGUGAAUUGAAUGAGUUAAAUGGUGUGAAAGACACAUUUAUGUUGGUUAGUUAGGGUGUCAUAUGCUUGGGAGUGCUGGUUGUGGCUUUGGCAUCCUAUGUUUUUUUUAAGGGAAUUACUUACUGAUCACUUUUAGCUGUGAUAGAAAGCAUAGCCAUACACCAACUGAAGGGAAUCUACAGUUCAUUUUACUAUUAUGAGGUAAGCUAUUCACAAGAGUCCAGUUUUUGAAUUCUGAAGCAAAAUCACCAUUGAAAUUCUACAAGUGUUUUGUGAUUUAAUUGGUAUUGAACUCUGUUCUGCUUCCCGACAUUUUCUUCCUCUGUUGGCUCUACCUUCAGGACUGGACUUUAGUCCAACAUAUCUGCUCCAAUAAUUUAGCACACCAUCUAAGUUAAUAUUAUGGUACUCAUCAUAGAAGUAAUUUAGAUCCAUAAUUCCCAAGAAACAAACCUUAGUGUUUGUGGUAUUUAAGAUGUGGAUUUGACCUAGAUUGUUGAACUGUUAUAUAGAAUCCUCUCCUCUCCUUCCUGUAACAAAUACCCAAAGUUGAUUCAAACAAGACUAGAUGACUAUGGAUGAAGUCGGUAGUAGCUCUGAGUGGAGCAAAGAACAAGAUAAAGCAUUUGAAAAUGCCUUGGCAAUUCAUGCUGAGGAUGCUUCGGACCGAUGGGAGAAGAUUGCAGCUGAUGUACAAGGGAAAACCUUGGAAGAGAUAAAACACCACUAUGAGCUCUUGGUUGAAGAUGUUAACCAGAUUGAAUCUGGUUGUGUGCCUUUGCCAUCUUAUAAUUCUUCUUCAGAGGGCUCAACUAGCCAUGCUGGUGAUGAAGGAGCUGGCAAGAAGGGAGGCCAUUCUUGGAAUUGUAACAACGAAUCUAAUCAUGGAACUAAGGCUUCCAGAUCUGAUCAGGAACGACGAAAGGGUAUUGCUUGGACAGAGGAUGAACACAGGUUAUUUCUUCUUGGCUUGGAAAAGUAUGGAAAAGGUGACUGGCGAAGUAUAUCAAGGAACUUUGUGGUGACAAGAACACCUACGCAAGUAGCAAGCCAUGCCCAAAAAUACUUCAUUCGUUUGAACUCAAUGAAUAAAGAUAGAAGGCGAUCCAGCAUACAUGAUAUCACCAGUGUGAACAAUGGAGAUGUUUCAGCACCUCAAGGACCAAUUACUGGUCAAACAAAUGGCUCAGCAGCAAAUUCUGCCGGAAAAUCAACCAAACCAGCCCCUCCAACCCCAACUGCUGCCCAAGGCGUAGGAAUAUAUGCUGCUCCUACUAUUGGACAACCUAUUGGUGGACCCCUUGUAUCUGCAGUUGGCACCCCAGUGAAUCUUCCUCCCCCAGCACACAUGGCAUACAGUCUCGGAGCCACCGUUCCUGGGACAGUUGUUCCUGGGGCACCGAUGAAUUUGGGUCCUGUGCCAUACCCCAUGCCUCAUACAUCUGCUCAUAGAUGAAGUUCUGUUCAGAGGCCUAAUGUACAAAAAAAGAACACAGCAGACUAGAUGGCUUCUGAACUUGAUGUAAUUCUUUUCCUGUUCCUACAGUUGCUUAUAUGCAGGAGUUUUAUGCUCCAUCAUUAUUCCAAAUAAGUGAUACCAUGAAGCAUUAGAAAUUUAGAAUGUAUCUUCAUCGGCUGCCAUGGAAUAUCUGACAGUCUUAACAUACACAGCAUGAAAGUAAGGUUGUUUUGUAGACACUUAAAAUUGUUAUAGUUAGUCAUAUAAAGUGGCUCAUGCAGUAGGGGAAGAUUCUUUGGCUUUGAAUUGUUAUUGUUGUAUUUUGACUAGGUUUCUGAUUUUCUGUAGGAUCUAAAUUUCCCAUCUACCUUCACUUAUUA